CACAGCUGAUCACGUGAUGUGGUAAAAGGCCAAUCACAGCGGCCUUUUACCACGUGAUCAGCGGUGUCCAAUGACACGCUGAUCAGAGGAAAAUGCAAGUGCCGGUUCUCGGCUGCACUUUCCUCACGCAGGCACUGAUGAUCAGUGCCCUGAUGAUCGGUGCCCAGCAGUGCCGCCCGCAAGUUCCGCCCACCUGUGCCCAGCAGUGCGCCCACUAGCUCCGCCAACCUGUGCCCAGCAGUGCACCCACCUGUGCCCAGCAGUGCACCAACCUGUGCCACUCUGCAGUGCCACCUACCUGUGCCCA